AUGCCACCAAAAUCAAUACUCGCGGUGAACGCCGGCUCGUCCUCCGUCAAAAUCACCUUCUACACAUACGAGAAACACCCGCAGGUGAUCGCCAAUGCCCAGAUCUCGGGGAUCACGGCCCCACCGCCAACGCUGAAGUACUCGCGCGGCUCGAACAAACACACCGAGGAGCUCAAGGAUUUAUCCAUCAGCACUCCGCAGUAUGCAUUCAAGUUGCUGCUGCAGCGGUGCUUCGCGGAUCGCGAGCUCUCCGAGGUCGCGGGCAGUGACGAUCUCGCAUAUAUCUGUCAUCGAGUGGUGCAUGGCGGGGAGUUCAAUUCGGCCGUGAAGAUCGAUGACGAGACGUAUCAUCAUUUGGAGGAGUUGGAGGAUUUGGCGCCUUUACAUAAUUUUUCAGCCCUCGAGAUUAUCCGAUCUUGUCGCAACGAGCUUCCCUCCGUCACGAGUAUCACUUUCUUCGACUCGGCGUUCCAUCAGACGCUUCCUGAUCAUGUCAAGACGUACCCGAUUAACCAGGACGUGGCGAAGGCGCAUAAGCUGCGCAAGUACGGGUUCCAUGGGAUCAGCUACUCGUAUAUCCUGCGUUCUGUGGCCGAAUUCCUCAAGAAGCCGACGGAGCAGACGAAUAUCAUUGCGAUGCACAUUGGAAGCGGGGCUUCGAUGUGUGCGAUCAAAGACGGGAAAUCAGUGGAUACAACCAUGGGACUUACCCCAUUGGCCGGAUUGCCUGGUGCCACGAGAAGCGGUGAUAUAGAUCCAUCGCUCGUCUUUCACUAUACCAGCGAUGCGGGAAAGCUGAGUCCCUCAAGUACCAAGGAGAUGCAUAUUAGCACGGCCGAGGAAAUCCUCAACAAGAAGUCAGGUUGGAAGGUUCUUACGGGGACAACUGAUUUCGCGCAGAUCGCGGUCGAAAACCCUCCCAGUCCCGAACAUAAACUUGCGUUCGACAUCGUCACCGAUCGCAUGUUGGGCUACCUGGGGAACUACUUCCUGAAAUUGGGCGGGCAGGUUGACGCGGUAGUCUUCGCCGGCGGGAUCGGCGAGAAGAGCGCGCUUUUGAGAAAGACGCUGGUGGAAAAGUGCGCAUGCAUUGGCUUUGCGAUUGAUUCUUCAGCGAAUGAGAAAGGCCCGGUGGAUGGUCAACCCGUCACAGAUAUUUCAUCAAGUGGUGCCGGCAAUGGACCGCGGGUAUUUAUUUGCCAGACUGAUGAACAGUAUGAGAUGGCACACAACUGCUUCGCAGACUUCGGGACAACCUCGAGCUCAUGA